AUGGCACCGGCGGCCCCUGUCCUGGGCGCUGGGUCUGGUCAGGUCCUUUCACACCGGCUGCUGAUUCCUCUCACUGCGGCCCCGGGGUCCCGGGCAGGGCACAGGGACAGACACAAGGGAGGCCCCUCCUGUCCAGACCCCAAUACCUCCCUCUCCUGUGAAAAACCCCUCCUGCCCCCUCCUGCCUUCAAGGAUGAGCUUCUGCUCGGCAUAAAAACAGGCCUGUGCAAGGAGUUUGUCAGGACCCACAGGACCUGUGAGAUCUUCAGCUGGUGCCCUGUAGAAAGCAGCCCCAGGCUAGCCGUGAGUUGUCCCCAGAAGCCCCUCCUGGCCCAGGCUGAGAACUUCAUGCUCUUCAUCAAGAUCACCGUCAUCUUCAGCAAGUUCAACUUCUCCAAGUGCAACGCCCUGGAGACCUGGGACACCUCCUACUUCAAGCAGUGUUGCCACCACACCCUCUCCAGGCCCCCCUGCCCCGUCUUCCGGGUCGGGGACAUCGUGGAGGCAGCUGGGGGGGUCUUCAAGGACCUGGCCUUGCUGGGCGGAGCGGUGGGCAUCCGUGUCCACUGGGACUGUGAUGUGGACCCUGGGGGCUCCGAGUGUUGCCCCCACUACACCUUCCAGCUGCAGGAGACGAGCUACAGCUUCCGGACAGCCACUCACUGGUGGGCAGCCCCUGGCAUGGAGGCCUGGAGCCUGCUCAAGCUCCACGGGAUCCGCUUCAACGUCCUGGUCACUGGGCGGGCCAGGAAGUUCGGGCUCAUCCCCACGGCCGUCACCCUGGGCACUGGAGCCGCGUGGCUGGGCGUGGUCACCAUCCUCUGUGACCUGCUGCUGUUGUACGUGGACAGAGAAGCCCGUUUCUACUGGAGGACGAAGUACGAGGAGGCAAAGGCCCCAAAGGUGACGGCCAAGCCCGCGUGGACCGAGCUGGCUCUCACAGCCCCCAGCAGGCCGCCCAGGGGCCUUAGAUGCCGUCCAGCCCCUGCCUCCACCAUAAGCCAGAUACUGUGUCCAGGGGGGGCCCCGUCCAGGGUGGUGAUCCAGCCUCUGCCACCCACAGGGGUCAUCCUGCUGGAGGGCUAG